GCGGGCCGGGCGGCCGGGAUGCCGGAGAUGGACGUGAACAAGCUGGACGCGCAGCAGGCGCAGCUGCUGUCGGAGAUGUGCAUCCUCGUGGACGCGGACGACCGGCGCGUCGGCGCCGACACCAAACGCAACUGCCACCUGAACGCGAACAUAGACCGAGGGUUGCUGCACCGCGCCUUCAGCGUGUUCCUGUUCGACGCGGACGACCGGCUCCUGCUGCAGCAGCGCUCGGACGCCAAGAUCACGUUUCCCGGCUGCUUCACCAACUCCUGCUGCAGCCACCCGCUGAGCAACCCGCGCGAGCUGGAGGAGGCCGAGGCCAUCGGCGUGCGACGCGCGGCCCAGAGGCGCCUGGAGGCUGAACUAGGGAUCCCCAUGGAAGCGGUGCCUCCGGAGGAAAUGAACUACCUGACGCGAAUCCACUACAAGGCUCAGUCAGACGGCGUCUGGGGGGAACAUGAAAUCGAUUACAUCCUGUUCAUGAGGAAGAAUGUGAUGUUGAAUCCGGACCCCAAUGAGAUUAAGAGCUACUGUUACGUGACCAAGGAGGAGCUAAGAGGACUUCUGAAGAAGGCGGCCUGUGGUGAAAUCAAGCUGACCCCCUGGUUUCAGAUUAUUGCCGAUGCUUUCCUCUUCAAGUGGUGGGAUAACUUGAACCACUUGGAUCAGUUUGUUGACCAUGAGAAAAUACACAGAAUGUGAAUGUGAAAAUGAAUGGUUAGCGAAAUAGUGAAAAAUUUCUCCACUUAGGAAACUUAAUGUGGUUUUUUAGGAAUUGGGUUCCCCAUAAGAACUGGUCACUUGAAACCUUGAUACUUUACAACCAGUAUUAGUUGAAAAUACAACCCACU